AUGUCGUACUUCUUCUCCACCCCCGUCGACAUCGACAUUGUGCUCGAGGACCUCGACGACCGCUCUGCCGUGGAUGUGAAGCUGGACAAGAACCGCAAAGAAAAGGUGCCGCUGUAUCUGGAUGGCGAAUCUGUCAAGGGCCAGGUCACGGUAAGACCCAAGGAUGGCAAGCGGCUGGAACACACGGGCAUCAAGGUGCAAUUCAUCGGUACCAUUGAGAUGUUCUUCGAUCGCGGAAACCACUACGAGUUCCUCUCCCUUGGCCAGGAACUAGCAGCCCCCGGCGAGCUCCAGCACCCGCAGACGUUCGACUUCAACUUCAAGAACGUGGAGAAGCAGUACGAAUCAUACAAUGGCAUCAACGUCAAGCUGCGCUACUUUGUGCGCGUCACGGUAUCGCGGAGGAUGGCAGACGUGGUCAGGGAGAAGGACCUCUGGGUCUACUCGUACCGCAUCCCGCCCGAGACCAACAGCUCCAUCAAGAUGGACGUCGGCAUCGAGGACUGUCUACACAUUGAAUUCGAAUACAGCAAGUCAAAGUACCACUUGAAGGAUGUCAUUGUCGGCAGGAUAUACUUCUUGCUCGUCCGGCUGAAGAUCAAGCAUAUGGAGCUGUCCAUCAUACGGAGAGAGACAACAGGAGCUGCCCCCAACCAAUACAACGAGAGCGAGACGCUAGUGCGCUUUGAGAUCAUGGACGGCUCGCCCUCGCGAGGUGAAACCAUACCCAUCAGGUUGUUCCUUGGUGGCUUCGACCUGACACCCACCUUCCGCGAAGUCAACAAGAAAUAUUCCACUCGCUACUACUUGAGUCUGGUACUCAUCGACGAAGACGCGCGCCGAUACUUCAAGCAGUCCGAAAUUGUCUUGUUCCGACAAGCACCCGAAGGCUUGACAUUGGCCCAGGAGCAGAACAAGCUAAUGGCAGUAUCAUGA